AUGAGCAUCUCUUCGUCACGCAGUCAGCUUGUUCUUCCCGCAUCUCCUGCAAUCGCGAGAUCGGGUAGCACUAGCUAUUCACAAUACAGUUCUUACGAAUAUUCAACUCGCCCACGCACCGCCGUAUCAACACUCGGAGUAGAGUCACGUCAAAUCAUCUGUGCCGUAAGCGAGUCUCGUGGUAUCGCUCCCACCGUCGGUCUUGCCUUUGUCAAUCUUGAUACUGGUGAGGCUGUACUCAGUCAGAUUCCCGAUACCCAAUCAUAUGUUCGCACCCUACACAAGUUGGCAGUCUUCAGCCCCUCGCAAAUCCUGAUUCUGAAUACGACGUCGAAUCCCAAGUCAAAGCUAUUCUCCCUGAUCGAGGAGAACCUGGACGACUUGAAUAGCAACAUGACCCUUCUCGAUCGACGCUACUGGGCUGAAACUACUGGCAUCGAGCUCAUCGAACAAUUUGCUUUUGUUCAGGAUGUGGACAGUAUCAAGAUGUCUGUCGAUGGCAACUAUUUCUCCGUAUGCUGCUUCGCUGCGGCUAUGAAGUACGUCGAACUUGCCAUGAGCAAGACGUUUCCCGCACACUCACUACGUAUCAAAUACGAGGCGUCCGAAGGGUCCAUGAUGAUCGACUUAUCCACCAUUCGUUCGCUCGAGUUGAUCCAGAAUCUCCAGAAUCACAAGUCACGCGACUGUCUCUUCGGGAUCCUCAAUGAAACGCUCACUCUAAUGGGUGGGAGACUCCUUCGCAGCAAUGUUCUACAACCACUCACCGACCAACAAACACUAGAGACUCGUUAUGAUUCCCUCGAGGAGCUCUCGACCAAGGAAGAGAUGUUCUUUUCUACAAGAACAGCACUCAAAGCAAUCUUGGACGCAGACAAAAUGUUAACUCAGCUCAUCAUCAUACCCACAAAGCCAUCCUUACUCUCUACUGAGCAAAGCAUAAACAACAUCAUCUUGCUAAAGCGGUUUGUAGGUGGCAUCCAGCCUAUCUACGAAGCUUUGACAGGUGCAAAAAGUGUUAUGCUGAGAGAGAUCCAACGUAAUUGUAUGCCUGGUAGUAUUGAUCCCAUCAAAGAUCUUAUCGAUGAGUUCAUCAACGAGGACAUCAACUAUGCAAAACAGCCGCUCGAACUGCGUAAUCAGAGGACGUAUGCAGUCAAGUCGGGAGUCAACGGUAUGCUCGACGUGGCUAGACAGACAUACAAGGAGGCCAACAUGGAUGUGUAUGAGCUCGUUGAACAACUUCAAGAAGCACACAAGAUUCCGCUUGAGCUGAAGUACGACAAUGCACGCCAAUACUACCUUCGCCUCAAUGUCUCCGAACUUGAAGACCGAAAUCUGCCUCCAGUCUUUAUCAAUGCUAUUCGCAAGAACAACAAGGUCGAGUGCUCGACCCUGGACUUACGAAAGCGUAGUCAGAAGAUAUCUGACUCGCAUACUGAGGUAUUGUUGAUGAGUGACAAAGCCAUACAAGAACUCAUUGUUGAGAUUCGCGUCUACAUGUCGGUGCUCUUCAAGGUCUCGGAGAGUAUCGCGAUGUUAGAUGUACUCUCAUCUUUUGCUCACAACGUCACCCUUCAUGAAUACAUUCGACCCCGGAUCACACAAACGCUUGGUAUCAAAGCGGCUCGUCAUCCAAUUCGAGAAAAGGUGCAAAGCAGUCCGUAUAUCCCGAAUGAUGUAUAUGCCACUCAGCAAUCUCGUUUCCAAAUCAUUACUGGCUGCAACAUGAGUGGAAAGAGCACAUACAUACGCUCGAUCGCUCUAUUGACAGUAAUGGCUCAGAUUGGCUGCUUUGUACCAGCAGAAUUCGCUUCCUUUCCGAUCAUCAAGCAAUUGUUUGCAAGAAUCUCCAUCGACGACAGUAUCGAAGCCAACGUUUCGACAUUUGCAUCAGAGAUGAGGGAGACAGCCUUCAUAUUGAAAAACAUCAACAAGGACAGUAUGGUGAUUAUCGACGAACUCGGUCGAGGUACCAGUCCACGCGAUGGACUUGCUAUAGCUCUUGCCAUCGCAGAAGCCUUGGUGGACAGCAGAGCCUUAGUGUGGUUCGCGACGCAUUUCCGAGAUCUAGCCAAAAUCUUGGCUGAGCGCAACGGGGUGGUCAACAGACACCUAGCAGUGGAUAUGUCCGAGGCGGACACAAUGGCAAUGCUGUACAGACUCGCCGACGGUGUUGUGUCCGAGCAGCACUACGGCCUAAAGCUCGCAAAAGUCAUGCCACUUCCUCCCGACGUGAUCGAGUUUGCGACAAAAGUGGCAGAAAAGCUUCAGAGGCAAGUGGAGAGAAAGAAGAAAGCUUCAAAAUUGGUCAUCCUCGCAAGAAAGCGCAAGCUCAUCCUGGCAUUGAGAGAAGAGCUUGAACAAGCUUGUGGCGGCGCGAUGGAAGGACGCGUUCUACAAAGCUGGCUCCAGGAGCUGCAGCGAGAGUUUGGUGCCCGGAUGCGCGCGAUUGAUCAAGAGGCAGAGGAAGCAGACUACGAAAGUCUGGAUCUAGACGAUGACGAUACGACAGUGUCUGAGCACAUGACAAACGACACAGGUUCUGUGGUGUACCAGGGAGGCGAUGAGGCGACGAGCAGUCACUAUGCAGAGUCGAUGGUGGAGGAUGACAGCAACAUCAGCGACAGAUAUUGA